UAGUGAGAAAAUAAAGCCGCCAAGAAGAAGAGUUGCUUGGCGGAAAAUGGCAGCAGCCUGUGAGAAGCUUCUGCAACUGAGCACCAAGAUCGUCGCCGUUGGCAGAAACUACGCUGCCCAUGCUAAAGAAUUAGGCAACGCCGUUCCCAAGGAGCCGGUGUUGUUUCUGAAGCCAACUUCCUCUUACUUGCCAAAUGGCGGAAUAAUUCAAAUCCCACACAAUGAGGGAUCUCUGCAUCAUGAGGUCGAGCUGGCUGUCGUCAUCGCCAAAAAAGCUCGUGAUGUCCCCCAAUCAUCUGCCAUGGAUUAUGUUGCUGGUUAUGCACUUGCACUGGAUAUGACUGCCAGGGAUCUGCAAGCUACUGCAAAGUCUGCAGGUCUUCCAUGGACUUUGGCAAAAGGCCAGGACACUUUCACACCAAUUAGUUCAAUUUUGCCAAAGAAUCUGGUGCCAAACCCGGAUGAUCUAGAAUUGUGGUUAAAGGUAGAUGAGGAGAUUCGGCAAAAGGGCUCAACCAAGGACAUGAUCUUUAAGAUCCCAUUUAUAAUUAGUCACAUAAGUUCUGUCAUGACAUUGUUUGAAGGAGAUGUGAUACUAACUGGCACUCCUCCAGGUGUUGGCCCUGUGAAAGAAGGUCAAACAAUAACCGCCGGCAUUACAGGCCUUGUCGACGUGCAAUUCAAUGUUGAAAAAAGAAAAAAGCCUUCAAGCUCUUGAUAUGUUGUGCUUUUGAUUACCCCAGGAGGUGCUUCAAUUCUGCAGCAACCAGCAUGGCAUCCCUUGCCAACAAGGAGCAACAAAGUGGGGAACAUCAUAAAAAGUCUGCAAAUUUGAUUUUUAUUUUAUGACCAUUCUCGGUGGCAGUGCAAGCCGUUUCAGAAAUCUCACUUGAAAAUGGUGAUCUCUUUACAGUGGAAAAUAAUUAUCACUCUAUGGACAUAGCCAGGUCUUGUUUGGCCUAAAUGUGUAUCUUCAUAAAUAAUGCAUUAUUGCAUAGCAUAAUACUGUGGAUAUAACUGACAAUUGGUGCAUAUGAAGUAUCCGUUAUUAUUUUUAGACAUAAAAUCAUUUGCUCCCUA